AUGCAGACUUUUAACUCAAAUGAUGUUAUUUUCUCUCCAUACUUGAAUAACAAGGAAAAGAACUUUAUAGUAAAAACUGGUGAAUCAAGUCAAAUAAUCAAUCCCUUUAUCAACCAAAGAAACUCUCCUUUACAUCAAGUCCAAAAGAUAGAAGAAAGUGGAGAGAUUGGAGUAUUUGGAGCUGAAAAAUACUUCAACAGAAAAGUAGUUGAAAUUUCAAGAGCUUCUACAAAGUACCAUGUUGAGUAUGGAACUCCAAGUAUUAGUUCUGUAUCAACAUGGACCAGCCAAAAUGCACUCUUAAAGAGAUAUUCUGUAAGGAAUAUUAAAGAUAAGGUGCAUUCUAAGAGUGUUCUAUCAAGACUUGGUCUCAAACGCUAUUGUUCUGAUAAGAAUUCUGUUGAUAUCAGUGAUCAUGCAGGUGGAAUCGGUUUUAAUAACAAAAAUUCUAAUGAUGGUGCAGUUCAUCGAAAAACAACACCAAGAAAGGUCUUCAAUCAUCGUCUUGAUGAUGAUCUUUCCAUUAAAAUAAGAAAGCCUAAUUCAGAACUUUUCAUCAAUAAAGAUGUUUUCUUUCAGAAGCAAGAGAAUUCGAGUGUAGGAUUAAACAGUGAAAAGAAUAGUUUUGCUUCUAACUCAAGAAACCACCUUGUUAAAAUGCAAAUUCCAUUAGAUGAAGAAAAUACACCAAGAAAAUCACUUGAAGUAUUUGGAUCACCAUAUCCAAUAUUGACCAAUAACAAGAGAAGUUCCUUGAGCAUUGAUAAAAGAUUGAUAUUUCCUUCCAAAAUGGAAGAAAUUGUUGAUGCAAACUAUGAUGAUGACGAUGCUGGAAGUGAUGCAAGUUCUGAUUUGUUCGAGAUUGAAAGUCUCAAAGAAAAAUCCUCCAACAAAUCAGAUGCUGCUUCAAGUUGUUACGCGCCAAGUGAGGCGAGCAUAGAAUGGAGUGCAGUUACUACUAGUGUGGUAGUUAUGUCAGAUUGUGAAGAUCAAAUGUCUGAAUUUACAGUAAGGAGUCCAUUGAAAUCAAAGGCCUCUAAUUCACCAACUGCGUCAAAAUUAUUCUACAUUUCGCAAUAA